AUGAACAGUCCAUGGCCCUUCGCUAUUUGGGGAAUUGACUUAGUAAGAUCCCUGCCCACUGGAAAAGGAGGAGUUAAGUACACCAUAAUCGUUGUUGACUACUUAACCAAAUGGGUAGAGGCAAAGCCCAUGAAUAUAGUCACCUCCAAAAAGUCCUUAGACUUUGUCAUCAAAAACAUUGUGUGCUGCUUCAGACUUCAGCACGAGAUUGUCUUAAAUAACGGAAAGCAAUUUGAUAGUGAUCACUUCACUAACUUCUGUAACCAGUACAAAUUCAUGAAGAGCUUCUCUAGUGUGGCUCGAUCACAGGAAAAUGGAAAAGUAAAAGCUGUGAAUAAGAUCCUAAAGACAAGUUUGAAGAAGAAACUCCAAGCUUGUAAAGCCCAUUGGCUGGAGGAGCCUCUGCGAUCAAAACCUGUAGAAACCACAGUUCCCUCUCACGGACGAGAAACUUAUGACCCAACCCACAAUCACUCUUUGAUCAAGGAAUCAUUAGAUUUAAUUAAAGAGCUCUGGGAACAGUCACAAGUUCAACUCAAGAUGUACCAAGGAAAGAUUUCCAAGCUCUUUAAUUCUAAAGUCAAGAGUCGUACAUUUGACAUUAAAGAUCUCACCAUGAGGAGAAUCUUCCCAGCUUUGCGAGAAAUGGGAGUGGGGGUCUUAGGACCUAAUUGGGAAGGACCCUAUGAGAUACAACAUAAAGUGGGAAAUGGAACAUUUCAACUCAAGAGAAUGGACGGGAAUGACGACACAGACCAAGAAAACUAUGAGCAAGGUCUUCUCAUUUCAUCCUCACCUUGCCUGACUAUUUACAACAGUUGGGUAGAACAAGCCAGGCCUUUGAGUGAGGAUGAAGUAGUUUCUAGAAGGGACAUCGAAGUCCUAGAGGUUAAGGAUGAGGGUGAGGUCUGCCCUACCAGUCCUUUCAAGGCCGAGGGAGAGGAAGAAGAAGAAGAUGAGAUUACGUGGAGGAAGAAUAUACAAAGGCUCGACCUUCAAACAGUCGAGGUUUGA